GGGGGUACGAAAGAGGAACGCGAAGGGCGCCGGGGUAAGCUGUGAUUUGUCGUCUAACUCAUUGGAAGAAUGACUUUAGUCACCGUAGCACUGAGAAUUCCGCAUCCCCACGGCCAGGGAUGCCUUUGAGUGGUUUUCCAGCAUGCAGACCCCUCAGGCCUGGGACCAGGGAUCUGCGGUUUCUUAGCAGCCCCGCCCUGCCAGCUAAGCCCUGGGCUCCGCCUCUGGAUGUCUGCAGCUCCCAUCCCAGAGGGCCAGUGCCCCUAUCUGUUGCAGACCCUGUGUUCUGGAACAUGGCGCUCCAGCGUGCCGUCCUCCUGGCAGGCCUUCUGGUGGAAGUUGCCAGCAAAUCCUCAGAAAGUGUGGGCCAGCAGCCUGAAUGUUGUGUGGAUGUGGUGGAUGUCAACACCACCUGCGGGGGCACAAGCCUGUGUGGUCCAGGCUGCUACAGGCACCGGAACGAGAACGGGAGUGUCAGCUGCGUCCGCUGCAGGAACAGCACCUUCAGCCCCCACUGCCGCGGCCGCCCCGUGGCCCCGCCCGCCAGGCCCACCUGGCCCGCUUCCCACCGAGGGGCCACGUCUCCAAGUUCAGGAGGAACGGUCGCUGGCUGGGGCGCCCAGUUCCCACUGAACAGGAGCACAGGAACGCCCGGGCAGCCAAAUCUCGGUUCCAACGUAGCCAUGGCCACACCUCCUGCCUGUGUCUCAGGGUCAGAAAGCCACCUCCCCACAGGGAGCCCUCAGGUGGCAGCCUCCCUCUUCCUGGGGACGCUCUUCGUCAGCUCUGGCCUCAUCCUGUCCGUGGCUGGGUUCUUCUACCUGAAGCGCACCAGCAAACUCCCCAAGGUCUUCUACGGGAGAAACAAAGCCCCUGCCCUGCAGCCUGGCGAAGCCGCUGCCAUGAUUCCCCCGCCACAGCCCUCAGGUCGCAUCUGCUGGCUCUGGGGCUUCAGACAUGGACUCAUUUGGGGGCCACCGUCCAGCUCUGCUGUGCAUCAUGGGACCUGUUGCCUCUGUGUCUCUUGAGAGCAAGGCCCUCACCCAGGCCAAGGUGCUUGGGGUGCAGGGGCACCGAGUGUCUGCAAUGAGUGGAGCAUUCAUCAGACACUCUCUGUGCACAAGCUGGGGCUCAGUGGGAUCUCCUCCCCCGGGCUGCUCCACACCCCACUCCCAGGAGCUCUGGGGAGGGCUGGGCCCUGGGGCCAUCGCGCCUGUCCCCGGCCCCACUCUGACCCUGCCUGUCUCUGACCCUGUUUCAGUGCGGAAGCCGCGCUAUGUCAGGCGCGAGCGGCCCUUGGACAGGGACACGGGCCCCACUGCCGUCUCCUCGGUGGAGGCCCGGGUCAGCAACGUCUGACCCGGGGACCCACCCACAACUCUGCACACCGCCUUGGAGAGAACCCAGCACACAAAGGACAGGCACUGCCCAGCAAGGCCUCAGGACAGGUCUGGACACAGCCCCUGACUCAGCGUGACUAUCUCCCAGCAGCAGGUGCUGCCCGAGGGUGCUUCUUCCCUCCCCACAGCUGCUCAGUGUGAUGGACUGGGAGCCGCGUCCUUGAGCCAGGCUCGGGAGUGUGGCCAGGUGGGGUCUGGGCCCCUCGGGAGAGACCACUCCCAGCGGCCAAGAGCCUACAGGGACUGCUGGGCUGCUCCAUGCCCCUCCGCCUUUCCGAGCCCGCAGUGGGCAGACAUCCCCCACCACCAGGCCGGUUGGCCUCCUGGCAUCCCCUCCGGGACGGUGUCCAGACAAGGGGAGGCGUGGCACGAGCACCGGCCCCUCCGAGGGUGAGGGGCCCACAGGACUGUCCUGUAGCCAAGACCCCCCACCCUCACUCCCCCAAGCCCAAGACCACACAUUUCCAGGAGCUGCAGAGGCGAGGUUCCUGGUUUCUUACUGACUUCUGUCAGUUUUAAGCAGAAAAGCCAGAGAGACACUGCUUUCCUCCUCUGUCGCCUGCCCCUGACCCGCUCCCCACGUUGGGUCCAGGUGCUGCAGGUUCUCGUCCACCCAAGGAACGGACGCUGGCCUGAAGCUGUUGGAGAUCAGGGCCAUGGCCGUCCAGGAUCACAUUCGCCUGUGACUCCUGCCCGGCUAGCCUGGUCUCCAUGGACCUGUGGAGGGCUGGGCUGCCCGUGGUCCUAUCCCAGCUCCCUCAGGCCUGGAGACGCAUUGCUGGCCCUGGCUGGUUACAGAUAGACGGGGGUUCCCAAGAGAAAGGAGCAUUCGUGGCCACCUCUCA